AUGACUACGCUACCAAAUUCGAGUGUCUUCCAGAGCGAGAGAACAGAUAAUAUACACGAUGUGCCAAUGAGGGUGAUUAACAGGCCUUUUCCACCAGAACUAGACGAAGUGAAAGUCGAGAAGUUUAUCCAAGACUAUCAAAAAGGCGAUGUGUUUACUCCGAUUGAGAUUUGGAGAGCUAAAAAUGACCAAGGACAGUCAUAUUACUUUAGCUUUGGUGGUUGCCACCGCUUCGAAGCCGCCAAAAGAACGAGCAAAGAGACGAUAAGAGCGAGGAUAGUGGAUGUACCAAGCACAACAAUACGAGCACACUUAGGCUCAAGCUCGCCCGUUUAG